GGCAGUUGGACAAGAAGGGAAUGUGACAGGCUGAGCUCAUGACAAAAGCGCCUAGUGGGGUGGGAGCAGAGCACUGUUGUCAUUUGGGGCAGGACACAUGUUAGGUCUAUAUAGCAGUAGCUUCAAAAGGAAAAGAGCAGAUCCAGUGCAUAAAAACUGGGAAGGCUGCUGAGCCAGAAUUUGGAAAGUGUCCAGGAGAACUCUCAACUCUAAGACAUGACAACGAAGAUGGAUAUGGACCAGGGAGUGAAAUGGGCAACAGAACUGAUUGACCAAAAGCUGGCUCUGGAAGAGGAACAGAAGAAACAUGAUGCCUCUUCCCCUGCAAGUGUAAACCCCCCAGAAGUGGCAAGGAUGGACACCCCACUUCUGGAGGAUGAGAAGCGGCAAGGACCCACUCACAAAGGCAUUGAAGGACUUAAGGGACAUGAAAGAGUGCGGAAGAGUUCUUUGGACCUAAGACGGGAAAUCAUUGAAGUUGGUGGCACCCAGUACCUCUUUGAAUUACGCAAAAAGCCUAGAAAGAAGAAAGAGGAAAAGAAACCAGAGCCUGAACCAGAGGAAAUUACUGGCCCUGUGGCAGAAGAGGACUUCUUGAAAGCUGCUGUGCAGGGCAAGCUGCAUGUGAUGGAGAAGUUCCUGGCAGAUGGCGGCUCUCCAGACACCUGUGACGAGUUCCGCCGGACAGCUUUGCACCGUGCCUCACUUGAGGGGCAUGUGGAGAUUGCAGAAAAGCUCUUGGCUCAAGGUGCCACUGUUGACUUCAGAGAUAGACUGGACUCCACAGCUAUGCACUGGGCCUGCCGAGGUGGACAUUUGGAGGUGGUGAAGCUUUUGCAGGAAAAAGGAGCUAAUCUCAAUGUGAAGGACAAGCUUCUCAGCACCCCUCUACAUGUGGCAACCCGGACUGGCAUGGUUGACAUUGUGGAGUAUCUGAUAAACAAUGGGGUGGAUGUCAAUUCCUGUGACCGGUGUUGUCAUGCCUGUUGCAGGAAGGUGAGAGUGCCCUCCAUGAUGCUGUUCGCCUCAAUCGCUACAAGAUCAUUAAGAUGCUGAUUCUGCAUGGGGCAAACAUGAUGGCCAAAAACAUGGCUGGCAAGACUCCAACAGAUCUUGUACAACUAUGGCAGACAGACACACGGGAAGUGCUGGAGAAACAAGAGCCAAAUACAAAAGAAAUGCCAGCAUAAGACACAAAUGGAAAGAAGAAAGGGAAGGGAGACAGAACUCCAAGCAAGAAUGGUUCUAGACUUAAAGACGCUGUGUCAUUAAAACUCAAUAAAGAAAUAAGCAAAUGAAAUAUCACUUGGAAGUCUA